AUGUCGGGCAAACUCUUCUUCGCCACCAUCGCAGCCUUGGUUUUCAGCUCCAUGGCAGUGCGUGGAGACAUGCGUGAAGUUGCCAGGCGUGCAGCCCCCUGCAGGGACUUGGCAAAGGAGACGGUCUAUGGUGGUGCUGGCGGCAAUGCUUAUGUUGUACGCUUCAAGGGCACAUGCGGAAAAGUUCCCAGAGGCUCUGUGGCCAAAGUGUUCUAUUCCCUAGACGAGCAAAAAGCUGCACUUAAGUCACUUGGCAAGCUACCAGACGUCAAGGCAUUGGCAGGCCUGGUGCAAGAGAAGAAGGAGUUUGACGGCCCUUGCGUGCAUGUGCACAAGGACGACGAUUGUUGCAGCCAUAUCAAGCCGUCGGACACCUGCCACUUCAUGGUCAUGCAGAACGGAGGCUCCAAGACUCUCCAGCAGUGUGUUGAGGGCCAGGCUCUUGCGCCUGACACGCUAAAAGGCCUUCUAGUCUCUGCCAUCAAUGCUGCCAUCUCCUUCCACAAGUUGGGCUGGUACCAUGGGGACUACCAACUUAAGAACCUGAUGGUAAACGACGCUUGCAGCCCCAGGACCCUCAAAGCAGUGGACUUGGACUACAUGGACAACAAAGAGGGCACACCUGGUGAGUCUUGGAACAAGCCACAUCGUAUGCUGAGAGACUAUGCCAUGCUCCUGGGCACUUGCGACUGGGGGGCGCUUCCACUUGUAGACUUCGAAUACAAAUCAGCAAAUGUGCAGAAGGAGGCUGCCAGGAUCGCCGCAGCAGCCGAGCCCAUCAUGAGCCCACAUUGCAACAGCGCAUGGAACCUCAGCCCUGAUGAAGUUGUGGAGGUUGCCCGAAAGCUGAAGACGGCUGUUCAGGGAGCAUGA